AUGCCUCCCAAGACCCAAAAACAAAAAGAGGAAGAAGCCGCUCGAUUGGCUGAAGAAUAAAGACUGAGAGAAGAAGAGGAAGAAAGACAGAGAAAAGAAUUAGAGAAAUACAAUAUAAGUAAACUAAAUACUACAAAUCUCCCCUUGCCUAUAACAAAAUACUGCAUUGAAUAUGUAUAUCCACACCCAGAACCCCACAAAGCAACAAUAGAAUAUUUGGAUAAAUUAGCUGAAAUUAAUAACUGCAAAGAUCAACUGCGAGAUAUCGAUUUCUAAGUAGCAGCAGAUAUCUUGAUAAACGAUUUAAUAUUUGCAAAAUCAUUAAAAGGUUUAAAUGAUGAAAGUGUAUAAGUAUUGGUAAACAUCUUAUUUUUAUCAUUUACAAAUAAUAACAGUAAAUUUAGUCAGGAGAUGAGGUAUAACGAUACUCUUCAACACAAGAACAAAACUACAGAUACAGAAUUAUUUAACAAUUUAUUGAAGCUACAUGCAGAAGCAGGAUAUUUUCGAUCUAUGCAUAUAUUACCAAUUAAAGAUCAUUUCUAAAUCUACAUAAAUCAUUUAGACUUGUUUAAUUAGGCCUUUAAAUCAGAUCAAAGAACUUUGGAACUACAUAUGGAUCUUUAGAUGGAUUUACCAUUGUAACCAUUGCCCCUUGAUGAAGCCUUGAUUUAUCGCCCCUUUGAACAAAAGACUGAAGAUGAUGGAUAAAUUGAAACGGUGGAUUUAGAAGAUUAACAAGCACCACCAGAACCAACUGAUGAGGAGUUAUUGGAUCCAAUUAUUAUGGAAGCUAUACAAAAAAAACUAGAUUUAGCAAAAUAAGAAUUAGAGGAGAAAUUAGUAGCAAGAUAAAAAGAUAUGGAAGAAAAGUUAAUGAAUAUGGCUACAAAAAAGAAAUGA